GAGAAAUUAUCAUUACAAAUGCAUCAUUCAAUUCCAUAGGGUGGAGAUAACGCUAGUGUAUGAAAAGGUUAUAUGGCUCAGGGUAAUUAGGAUUACAGGAUGGAGUAAUGCACUUGACGUUCAAGGGCUUUUCUUUUAUGGAGAUGUCCGGAUUAGAAUUUCAAAUUGGCUAAAUGUUUAUAAUAUAAGGCUCUUCUGAAAGGAACUAGGUAGCACCUUUUGGUUAGUCUAGAUCCAGUAUACGAGCGUAGAAAGCCUGAAAACCUUAUUAGGGUUUAUGCCCAGCAUAUGGGAUAAUACCUAGUCUGUUGUGGAAGAGAUUUGAGGAUGUAAGGCAAAUGAAAGGCACCGGGGUGGGGAAUCUAGUGAGAGGAUAAUAGCAUUUAAACCGUUAAGCAUACAGAGCCUCUCGGUCAGCAACAUUAGACGAUCGCUGCUGCUUCCUUGUUACUGGUGUGUUAGGACCCCCCCUGGAUAUGCACUGGCCUUGCCUGCUCAAUACCCAGUGAAACUGGCUGACGGGACAUGAUGGCCAUGUUCAAGCUCAAGGGCAGGAGACGAAGCCUUUUCCCCAAUUACAAGCUUGGGGUCACAACCCUUUCUCCCAGCGUUCCUCCAGUUGGGGAAAAUGAGCUUCCGUUUGCUCAGCAAAACUGGCUGAAACCAUGGAAUUCGAUGCAGGAACUCAGCCGUGAUAUCUACAGCCUCGAGGAGGAGUACGACGAAGAUGACGACAAGGUUUUACCGCUCCCUCAAAAGACAUCAUCUCCAACUAAAAACUACAUGCUGAACAUCAACGUAGGUGGUAAGGUUUACCAGAUUCCUUACAGGGUGGCAGCCAGAUAUCCCAAGACCAGAAUUGGACGUCUUGCGACAUACACGGACCAUAACAGGAAGCUUGAUCUCUGCGAUGACUACAUUGUCCAGAAUAAAGAGUUUUUCUUCGACCGAGAUCCUGAUGUCUUUCAUAUCAUCUUUAAUUUCUACCGGACUGGAGUUCUCUGGAUAAAAGAUGAGUUGUGUCCUCGUAACUUCCUGGAGGAAAUUAACUACUGGGGUGUGCGAAUCAAGAACACUCACCGCUGUUGCCGCAUCUCGUUUGAAGAACGACAAGACGAGCUGAAUGAGCAGUUGAAAGUGCAACGUGAGCUGCAAGCCGAAAUCGAGGUGGAGGAGAACGAAGAGCUGUUCAGAGGAAUGGCCUUCGGGCAUACGCGUCACACAAUUUGGAACCUCAUGGAGAAACCUUUCUCUUCAGUAACGGCAAAACUUAUGGCUGUGGCCUCCAGCUUAUUUGUGUUGGUGUCGCUGGUGGCCAUGACCCUUAACACGGUGGAGGAGAUGCAGUACACGGUGCCAUCUGGUCAGCUUAGUGGCAAAACGUAUGGUGAGCAUGUGGAAACCCUCUGCAUCGCAUUCUUUACAAUGGAGUACCUGCUCCGGCUUGUGUCCACACCAGAUCUUAAACGCUUUGGGAGGAGUAUGCUGAAUGCGGUGGACCUAAUCGCCAUUCUUCCUCUGUACCUCCAGAUGAUCUUGGAGUGCUUUGAAAACGAAGACAUGGAGAAGCAUGGUAGCGACAUUGAGACAGUCGGGCGGGUGGGGAAAGUGGGACAGGUGCUGCGUAUCAUGCGUCUCAUGAGGAUCUUCCGUAUUCUCAAGCUUGCCCGACACUCCACCGGACUGCGGGCCUUCGGCUUCACGCUGCGUCAGUGCUAUCAGCAAGUUGGAUGCCUUUUCCUUUUCAUCGCGAUGGGAGUUUUCACCUUCUCCGCCAUGGUUUACACUGUGGAGCAUGAUGUCCACCAGACAAACUUUACUAGCAUACCCCAUGCAUGGUGGUGGGCAGCUGUCAGUAUUUCCACCGUGGGCUACGGGGACAUGUUUCCAGAGACGCACCUGGGUCGGAUUUUUGCAUUUGCCUGCAUCUCAUUCGGGAUCAUUCUGAACGGCAUGCCCAUCUCCAUCUUGUACAACAAGUUCUCGGAUUAUUACUCCAAGCUGAAAUCCCACGAAUACACAUCAACCGUAAAGGCACGUGGCAAGGUGAGGUUUGCCAAAAGAGCCGUCAAGAAGUUUGCCGAAUGCUGUGAGGAAGCCUGAUGCUGACCCAUAAAACAUUCUGCCAAGAGAGGUUCGGCCGAGUGUUGUUCAACUUGGAGGGGGGAACUAAACUACAAAAGCCUCAAGGAGACUGGUUCGGUUCAAUUGUACUUCAGCUUUGGACAUGUGAAAUCGAAACUUAAUAAUGGAAAUCUUAGUUUUGGAGGAAGGCACACCUCAUAAUGGUUACUUAUCUUCAGCAUUUGUUAGAUUUAUGUCUUUAUUAAAUUUUUGCUGUAC